AUGCACCUCCUCUCAUCUCCCUUGGCCCUCCCGUACUGUAAUCCCUCCUCCGCCGAAAGCUUUUGCUUCUCUCGUGCCCACGGAUUUAUCUCCAGGAAGAAGGCGUUAUCCGUGAAAUGCCGUCGGGCCAGCCCCAGCGGCCUGCACCAGCAGGGGGCACCGGAGCCGCAUGAAGGAGCUUCUUCUUUCAGGUCUCCAGAAGGUCCGACAUCUCGUUCUACCGUUCUUCUCCCGGCAACGUGCAUAUAAGAAUCGCUGGUCUUCGCAAUUGGGACCUGUUUUGACGUCCUGUUUUGGGUACUUCCCUUUCAGGUCAGCCGGUAAGGGUUUUCGUUGGACACUCUAUAUACAAGGGGAAGGCAGCACUCACUGUGGAGCCGAGGGCUCCGGAGUUCAUCUCUUUAGAUGUAAACUUACGUGACGUUACUUCCCGUCGGAUUCUCCUUCUCGUUGGUUCUCUUGUAUCUGAUGCAGAUCACACACUCUGUACACAGUCAGGAGCUUACAAAGUUUCGAAGGAGGGCUUCAUUUUGCUCCAGUUUGCCCCAGCGGUGGCGGCACGUCAGUACGAUUGGAAUAGGAAGCAGGUAAGUUUAGGGCUGAUUCUGAUUUUUUAUCUUCCUGGGUUCUUUUUGGAUGGCUGUUUAAUCUACUUGGGGUGCAUCAUACAGUUCUGCAGAGCUCUUUUGACGGUGACAUGGCGCAGUAAAUACACCAUUAGUUGUGUGACUACCUGUAUUCCGCGCUCCUUAACCAGUGACUUCCAACCGUUUUUCGUGCUCGGCUAUGACAUCCGGAUAUACAGCAUCUGCUGCAAACAUUCUUUCUCCUUGUAGACAAUUAAUGGUUUAAUGCCAAUAAUAUCGAUCUGUCGUUGACUUCUCCAUUGAUUAAGGAAUAUAUUUUUAUUUAAAGAUAAGUUAUGUUUCCCAGUAAGAUGGCUAUUUCAGAUUCAAGAGAAAAAAGGCUUGGGGAUUGGAUAUUUUUAGCAAACCUCAUACUAGUGCCAUGUACCUGAGUUUGUUUUGUUAAUUUUUCGCAAUAAAGGUUCCAAACUCAUUUGGUAUUUAACUGCUACAAUUUUCUCCGAUAUGUACAUAUCUAAGAUUGAAUGAUUUUAUGUCUCAGCUAUUAUAUCUUUUUGCCAAUCUGGAUGAGUUAACUGCACAUCUCUAAGAGUGAGUAUUUUGGUGGACGUAGUUACUGCAAGUUAGGGCUUAUGAUGAGCCUAACAUGCUACAGAAAACGGGCUUUUUGCUGCUAAUGCGGGGGAACUUUGAGCAGAUGUUUCUUUGUCUCUAGAAGAACAAAGGGUUCAAUUUUUUAAUACAGCUUUCUUCAUUUAAUAUACCCUCACGCUUUGUGUUUGGACCGUUUUACAAUGUUUUAGGCAGAUGUUUCUUUGUCUCUAGAAGAACAAAGGAUUUUAUAUGCCCUAAAAAGAAAUAGAGGACCAAAGGUGAACAUGUAGAAAUGGGUGUGAGUAUUAGAGGAACUUAGCAUGCGUCAAGUGUUAUUGUAGUCAACAGACGAGAAGAAAUAAUCAUCAUAUUCUGUUAGGAAACAUAAAAACAGGCUAGAACAUGCAUCACAUAAUUUUAAUGGAAAGAAAAGAAAAUAGCAUUCUGUUGAGUUAGAUGGUUAAAAAGUAGCACAAAAAUCCAUUUCCAUUGUUCCAAUUUUGUAAUUGAGCUCGAAGGAGAUUGAAAGAGGUGUGUGACCCAGAGACAAUGCCCCGCUUGGAGUAAACCUUCUAUUGGAGCUUCUGUGGAGUAAAAUUCUAGACAUGAUAGGAGGGGAGACGUAUCUCUGAUAAUCCAAGAUUAUUCCCUAAAGAUUGUAGUGAAGGAGUGAUAGCGUUACCAACAGAGGGAAUGGGUGAUUUGGCUAUGUACCAUUGGCUGUUAUUGUGACAUGUACACAGUCGUCCCAUGAGUUUUAAGUGGCUAACUCGGAUCCAAUGCUCCCUAGAGAGAGGGCGGUGGUUGCACACCUUCAACACUACCAUAUCUAUUUCUGUUUCUUUAUGACAUACUUUUUCCCUCAAGUGCAUGUAUGCUGAACUCUCUACUCUUUCGAUGAUAACUCAUUAUUUUAUAAAAUAAUUGGUAUUAUUAUGUGCUAUUAUCAAGUGCUAUUAUGUGCUUUGGAAAGGUAGUGUUUCCGAUGAUAUUACUAGCUGAAAAAAUGUGUCACUGAUGGUGAUGAUGAUGACGUUGAUGAUACUGUUUAAUUGGUAGAUGAUACGCCGCAGUUUUUAUGGCAAUAGACAGUAGCCGCACGUUGAAUAUUCUUUUGUUAACUUCUUAUCAGGUGUUCUCAUUAUCUGUUCCAGAAAUUGGAAUGCUGUUAAGCCUUGGUGAGAAGGAUUCAUGCGAAUUUUUUCAUGAUCCAUUUAAAGGAAGAAGGUAAUCUUUGGCUUCUCACAUGGAAAUUAUUUUUCCUAACAUUGAGGUUGAAUUAUUUUUGGAUUGUAACUUGUAUAGAUCUGAACCUGGAAUUGCGUGUUGUACUCAUUUUGCAUGGUCUUGGACUUUGCAGUAUUCAGUCCAGAUAAUUAAUAUAUAUAUAUAUAUAUAUAUAUAUAAGCGAUAAGAAAUGCAGGGCCAUGGCACGAAAAAAUAUUUGUUCUAGCUAAAGGGAUUGACUUCACUAUUUUUAUUUGAUAUUGUUAUUGCCAAAACUGUUAUUAAUUUAUCAUUAUUAUUAUUAUUAUUAUUAUUACUGUUACCUUGUAGAGGAGCAAGGAGAUAUAUAUAUAUAUAUAUCUAUAAAUAGAUACUGUUACAAAAGAUAUAUAUAUGAAUUACAAGUUAUCAUUAAUCGAAAUCAAAUCAUGGGAGAUAGGUAAACUAUGUAGUAGUAAUAAACAUACAGAGAAAAUAUUGUAAAUUUCUUUUCAUGUAUGUGUUUCAAGCUGUGCGUAUGGCCUUGAAAAUGAAUCAUGGUGAGAGUCAAGCUGACUAUGAGAAAUUCUAAAUUUGUCAAGGGGUAGCAGCAGGCCUCAACACAGACUUGUAAGUUCUCAUGAUGUCAAGCUGACUAUAAAAAACCUUGCCUUAGUUGCUAACUGUGGACAAGGCUAUUAGUUGAGAAUAGUGCAGCUGAGUCGGGCAUAGGUAAUUCAAUGAGAAACGUUGCACAUAUUGAUGGAGGAGGAUAUGUACGUGAUGUGGUUUUGGGGCCCUGCAAUGGGAGUUCGCACCAUGGGACUCGAAUUGGCCUAUUCUAAUCUGAUUCUGUCUUAUCAGCUUUAACUCAUCUGUCUUUUUUUCUUCUUUGGUGAGAUAGUGGAUAGACGAGAUGACGCACGGUGGGAAGUCCAAUCCUCUCUUCAAUAUUUAAAAAUCACACCUCCAGGCUCCAAACUCAUAAUUUGAAAAAUUAUUCAGAAACUUUCCUAGAUCUUUUCUUUUGCAACCGAUCAACUCUAUCUUCCACUAUUGUGACGAUUACAUUGCUAUUCAGUAGUACCUCACCUACCACCAAUUUCACUCAUGUUUGUUGUGCUUCCAAUUACCAUUCCGGCCACUUGUUAUCCCCAGCUACUGUUAUUAUUUUUUAAUUUAUUUCAAAUAAUGUGAGGAUAAUAUACGUAAAUAUAUUCUAAAGCAUCCUUUUUGUAUUUAUCAAGCAGCCAUUCUUUACGCACUCUAUGUUAAAACAUUCAGGUCUUAGAUAUGAAUCUUAAAUUUCAUCGUUUGUACUUCAAUUCUGUCAAUUAUCCAAUGCCUGAAUGCCAGAUUCACUUCUUCCUAAACUGGAAUAUUUUUAGAGCAAGGGGCCCUGAACCUUCAUUUUCGCGAUAAUCUCCUAUCAAUAAUUUGCCUUUUCAACGACAAUAAAUCAAGGUUUCCUUCCAUUGGCGUUGGUAAGAUGAGAUUAAUUAGAUAAAUAGUUGCACGCUAAUAUAUUGUGUCAUAAAAAUGCAGUUGAGUUAUUCAGUUGUAUCUGAAAUGUGGCUAUUUGCUGACUUCAAAUCGGUUAUUACUUUGAUGCCUUCUUUGACGAAUUUUGACGUUGUGUUGGAGCUGCAAUUCAUUUGGGUCGGGAGGAACAUUAGUCGGCAGUGUAGGGCUAUUUGAACGUGACAAUUCUUAAAAAAGAGCUGUUCCGGCAGAAUUUUGUACCUCUCGAAAGUUUGACUUAAAAGUCCCUAGUUGGGAAAGUGUAAUGAGUUAAAAUGGGGUUUAAAACAAAUUUCUCUCUCCAGGUGAAAGUGUAAUGAGUAUGUGCAGCUCUGAGGGGGCUUCUGUAAGUCAUCUUUUUGCUAGUAGACGGCUGUUCUUCACGUGUAAAAUUGUCUACACUCCAUUUUGUUUAUCUUCGGUCAAAUUAUGUCUCAUUGCAUAUCAAUGAUGGUGGUUAGUGGAUCUUGAAGUCCUUUUAAACACUCUGAAGGUUACAUGGAAUGCUCUUCUUGUUUGCAGUGACGAAGGGAAGAUCAGGAAGCUCCUAAAGGCAGAGCCUCUUCCUGACGGCAGCGGCCAUUUCCUUAACCUUAGUAAUGUUCUAUCUUGAAUAUGAGUUGCUAUGGUUACGUUUCUGUUGACAUAUUAAUUUUCAGGUUUCCUUUUUUGAAAAUUAAUUGUGAACAGUUACCAAUCUUCGAAAUAUUUAUUAGAAUAAUUAAAAGUACCUUCUUAAGUAAAAUGAUUAUCAAAGACUUGUACUUGAAUGAUAGUAAUUUUUUUUUCUGAAGGACUAUUGUUGAUGGUACAGCGCAUUUUGAGGGGAAAAGAGAAAAUAAAUCGGAAAUAAUUUUUCCAGGAUGAUCUAUACAGUCAAUCGUGCAUUUUUUCAUAUUCUGUCCUAUAAAUAAUGUUGACAAUGUAAUAACUCAUUUAUUAUUUCCUUUCAGGUGUUCAAAAUCGUAUAUUGAAUGUGGAUGACAGUGUGUACAUCCCUAUAACAAAAGCAGAGUUUGCUGUUCUUAAGUCAGCUUUCAACGUGAGGACUGCUUUCUCUUGUUCAUUCUUUUAGUGCUUGUGGUCGACAUGCCAUUGUUAAAGUAAAUAAACCAAGGAUAUAAAAGACUAGUUAACUGUUGGCGGUGUCAGCUUUACCUUCAUUGAAGAUUUGCUCUAGGACUCUGGAAAAAAAAUCCAGUUUAAUAUCCGACAAAUUAGUAAAAUGUAGUAAAUAUAGGCCAAAAAUAUUCUGAAGCAUUAUAUUAGAUAUUUUCUUGGGAUUUUUUUACGUUAAAAGCACUAGUUCUAAAUUUAUUAUUGAUUUAGGAUUUAUUGGUUUCAGGAAAUCAAUUACCCACUGUAAGUUACACAUGCUAGUUAUUUUCUUUGCAUUGAAUAUGGAAUUUUAGCUUCUCGUUGUAUGAUUUUCUGAUGGAUGACCGGCUAUUUUCUCGUUGUAUUAUAAUUAAACCUUCUAUGCUGACACCCUCUGCGGCAGUAUAAUUUGUUAGUUUAUGUUCGUUUUAUAGUCUUCACUGCCCACUUUCGUCUUUGACCUUUCCAACGACGAUCAUGGGAAGACUAAAUCGAUCCACCCACUUGCUCUGUUAUUUUCAGUUUAUCAUACCAUACCUCUUGGGAUGGCAUACUUUUGGAAAUUCCAUCAGACCAGAGGACUCUGCCCGCUUGAAUAAUAACCAUCGUUCAGAUGCCGAGCUCGAAUGGAGCAGAUGA